AUGGAUAUAAAGGGGUGGGCUGCUGCAGUAGCACAGCGCAGCAGCCAGCUAGCGCGAGAGGGCAUGCAAUAUGUAGAGAAGAAGAUAGAGCAGCAGCAGCAGCAUCUGAAGCAGCAGCUGCAGCAGAAGACAUCCUGGGGUGGCAGCACCGUUCAUAGAAGGAGCGCUUCGGGGGGCCCCUCUUCUGAAGACGAACCCAUAGGGGGCCCCUCAUUAGCAACAUAUUAUAUACAGGCAUCAGAUUGCUGCGGCUUCCCCCCAGCAGACGCAGCAGAAGUCCUCCUCCUCCAGCAGCAGCAGCAGCAGCAGCAGCAGAAGCAGCAGCAGCAGGAGCAGCAGCAGCUAAUUCUGAAUCAAUUGAGUAGCCGUGAGAGACACAUGGAUAUGGGCACUAACUGUUUUCUGCUUCCUCCGGGUGUAUCCGCAGAAGAUAUAACUGUCGGUUUAUUUAAAUCUCUGCUUCUACUCAAUCAAGAGCUGUCUGAGGGUUUGCAUGCAGCCCCCUUUCAUCUACGCUUCAGGGCCCCCUGUCCUGCUGCACCUUCUCGCUUUGUUUGGGUUGACGAACCCCCAGACGAUCAACCAGUUCCUACAUGCAGCAGCAGCAGCAGCAGCAGCAGCAGCAGCAGCAGUGGCGGUGGACGGUGUAUUGUCUGUAAGGCCCUCUUGCUCCCAACAGGAGUACGCCCAAAGGUAGCAGCAGCAGCACAGGCACAUGCUGCUGCUGCUGCUGCUGCUGCUGUUGAGGCAACCGCGGGGGCUGCUGCUGCUGACAACAGCAGCCAGACGCAGCACAGCGCCUCAAGUAGCAACUCACAAGGGGAGCAGCCGCAGCAGCAGCAGCAGCAGCAGCAGCAGCAGCCUCUGCAGCAGCACCAACAACAGCAAGCCCCGCAACAGCAGCAGCAGCAGCAGCCCCUGCAGCAGCAGCAGCAGCAGUUUGUGGAGAGCAGCAUGCUUCGUAGCAACAGCAGCAGCAGCAGCAGCAGCAGCUUCAGCUCUCAUCUAUUAGAAACUGAUUUUGGAGGGGCCCCCGGGGGGCCCCCUGAUGCGGCGGUGGGCUGUGGGGCCCCCAGCAGCAGCUUGCAGCAGCAAACUGAAGUGGCCGUGCUACAAAGAGAAGAGCUCGCUGCAAACCGCGAAGCGAAGAAACAACAAAGAAUGAAGGAGAAGCUUGAGGAGGUUGAACGCCGGAGGGAGCAAGAACUCAAACAGCAGCAAGAGAAGCUCGCACUUCCGGAGGAGUUGAAGCAAGAGCUCGAUCGAUGGGCGAAGAGUGCAGACGGAAGUUUUAAAGAUGUCAGGACUCUGCUGAGCACUCUGCACGAAGUCCUCUGGGAAGACGCACCCUGGGAGAAGACAUCGCUAAGCAGUUUGAUGCUGCAACCAACACUUAAGAAACAGUUCCGCAAGGCUCUUCUCAUUACUCAUCCAGACAAACAGCAGACUGCUUCUCCUUCUCGCCAGGUUUGA